UUGAACUUGCACGUUCUUGAGCCAAGCAAGGCUGGAUCUUACCGAGCCACCAACCACCUUCGUGCUUUUUUUAUCUCUAUUUAACACAUUCUCUUCUUCUUCUUCUUUCUCCCAUCCAUCUGCUUCAUAGCAGGCAUUAAGCAUAUCCUCUGCAGCCUCUUCCACGGCAUCUCCUUCGAACCAGAGCAGAAAUGGCGAUGCUGAGAGCUCUGGCGGCGGCCAUGACCGUGGCGGCCUUUUUUGAGAUGGCAUUGUGCGUCAACUACAACGUCGCCUGGGAUCUCUCAACUAACUACACGCACUGGGUCUCCGGCAAGACAUUUCGCAUCGGGGAUACUCUGACUUUCAAAUACCCGCCGACGACCCACGACGUGGUGGAGGUGGACAGCACCGGCUACAGCGCGUGCAACGCGGGCACUUCGACAGCUAGUGCGACGGGCAACACAGAGAUCAGACUCACCGCCACCGGCAAACGAUACUUCAUCUGCGGAAUUCCCACCCACUGCAGUCAGGGAAUGCAACUCGAGAUCGACGUCGUUCAUGCCAUGGGCGAGACCUCCCCGCCGAGCAGCUCUCCACCAUCUCCUGUUUCUGACUCCACUUCCCCAGCGCAGGCACCAGCGUCCUCUACCCCACCGCCCUCGCCACUAAACGUGCCCUCGCCACCGAACGAGGCGGUGCCCGGCAGCAUUACUGGAGAGGCCAAGUUGACUCUCGGAUUGGGUCUGGCAACGGUCAUGGUGGCUUUAGGCCUAUAGAUUUAAAUUUCUUCAUCCAAUUUCUGCUGGUUAAGGUUUUAUUUCUUGAUGGAUUAUACUGUUGCCAUGGGUUUUGUAUGGAUAUUGCAAUAUUUGUAAUCUUGACCAUGAAAUAAACAAAAAUGAUUC